GACACGCUCCAACAUCACUUAGUGUGUGUGGGCACUCGGAGACGAUGGCGUUACUUAAGCACUUUGCCACAGGCUACACCCCGGUCCUGUCGCUGCUGGCUCUCUUUCUUUUGCUGGUCGUUUCUUUUAUCCGGCGGAGAGUUCCCAGGAAUUUCCCUCCUGGACCGACUCCCCUUCCUCUGAUCGGGAAUCUGCACCAACUGGACCUCAGGAGGCUGGACUGGUCUCUCAUGGGGCUCGCAGAGAAACAUGGAAGCGUAUUUUCAGUGGAGAUUGGCCCGUUGAAGGCAGUGGUGUUGACUGGCUACGAUGCAGUGAAAGAUGCUCUUGUGAAUCACGCUGAUCUAUUCAGUGGGAGGCCACACCUCCCGAUAUAUGACGACUUUUCAUUCCGAAGUGGGGUUAUAUUCAGUGAUGGGAAGUUGUGGCAGGACAACCGGAAGUUUGUGAUCUCGGCUCUCCGAGGCUUUGGCAUGGGCAAGAAAUCCAUUGAGGACAGGAUCACUGAAGAGGCCAGCUUUCUUGUUGAUGUAUUCGAGAGUCAUAAGGGCCAGCCUUUUGAAACGGCACAGAUUAUGUAUUUAGCCGUGAGCAAUAUUAUCUGUUCUAUCAUAUUUGGAGACCGUUUUGAAUAUAACAAUGAAGUGUUCAUCCAUCUAACAAGCAUGAUUAAUGAGAACACGAGACUGAUUGGAACAGCUCCAUUACAUCUGUACAAUUCUUACCCAUCGCUGGGAUUUCUGAUUCCGGGUCGCAAGAAGAUUAUUGAAAAUCAAGUGAAGAUGCACAAAAUCUUUGACGGAGUCUUCAAAGCUGCGAAAGAGACAUUGAGCGAAAACAGCAUCCAGACAUUCAGCGAGGCCUUAAUUAUGAGACACCAGCAGGAAUUAGGAAGUGAAGAUGUAGAGGUUAACAAAAAGGAUAUCCUGGUGACAAUCAAUGACCUGUUUGGUGCUGGCACAGAAACGACCUCCACUACCAUCUGCUGGGGACUCGUUCUCAUGAUAAACUAUCCAGAAAUUCAGAAGAAAGUUCAAGAUGAAAUUGAUCAGGUUAUAGGAGCUGGUCGAUUCCCGAGAACAGAAGACCAGAGACACAUGCCCUACACUGUUGCUGUGAUUCAUGAGAUCCAGAGGUUUGCCAACAUCGUCCCCCUGAACCUACCUCAUUCGACAACCGAGGAUGUGCAUUUCAGAAAAUAUUUCCUUCCAAAGGGAACCUACAUUAUUCCUUUACUGACCUCAGUGCUGUAUGAUAAAACUCAAUGGGAAAAACCACACGAGUUUAACCCAGCUCACUUCCUGGAUGCUGAUGGGAAUUUUGUGAAGAGAGAUGCCUUCUUGCCUUUCUCCGCAGGUCGGAGGGUGUGCGCUGGUGAGGCGUUGGCUAAAGUGGAACUUUUCCUGUUCUUCACCACCCUGCUGCAGAAGUUCCACUUCCAGGCCCCACCAGGUGUGACAGACCUGGAUACCAGCCCGAGAAUAGGCUUAGUCGCCAACCCGAAACCUCACCGGGUUUGUGCUGUGCCUCGCUGAAGGGACCAGCGACAGUCCCAGCAAAUCUUUCCCUGCUGAGUUUACAAGUACAGGACCUGCAAUCCAACGUGAGGGAGUACUGGUACUGGAUUUCCCUCUCUCUGUCCAAUUUGCAACGCAAUCAUUUACGCUUUGUACAAGUCUAUGUCACACCAUCUUCACUUCUGUAACUAUAACUUUUUUGUGGAAUUAAUUGAGAAUUUUCACUGAUUGUAAGAGGAGGCAGAAAUUCCUUGGAAAGUUCGAACUCUCUUUGCAAAUUAAGUCAGAACCCAUCCCAGACCUGUGUGACUGACUCACUUUGAGAAAAUGCUUUCCUUCUGGGAACAUUAUGUUCAUUGAGUUAUUUGAACUGAUGCAUUGCAGUGACUGAAUGGUUAAGCAGUGUUCUCUAUUCAUACAAUGAUUAGCAUUUCUCUCUGAUUGAUUGUUUGGCUGGUUACACACAGCUUAGUCAGACUGAUUGGUGUAACUGCAUAGGAACCUCAGGGAGCUGAAAGCUGUCAGAUCAAUAUGGACCUGAAGGGCAAAUACCUGACUGAAAUACUCUACCUCAAAUUAUGCAAAAUGCUGUUUACUAUUGGGAAAUAUUACUCAAGGUGCAGAAGUAGGUGGCAUGCUGUCUGAUAUCCAAAUUAUUUAUUAAUCAGCCUCAUUAUUGGUUCACUGUUGCAGUUUGUGUUUUCUCUCUCUUUCUUUCUCUCUCUGUCUGCCUGUCUCUCUCUCUCUCUCUUCCCCACCCCCCCCAACAGACACGUCAUGAUGAAAGGCAGAUGCUGUUACGAGUCCAGAUUUGAAAUGAAAGUAAUAAAGUUUGGCUUGCACAGGGCACAGAAUGUGUCAUGGAAUUUGAAA